GCCAUUUGGGGCUACAUGCCAAAAAAAACCUAACUGCCACCUAUUUCUCUCCAGUGAUUCACAAUAGUAAAUAUCACGAACGGCGCCAUGUUGUCCAGUUACUAUUGGAUCUGUCAGCUGUCAAUCACACACUGACAAAUGAUAUUCACUUUUUUCUCUCCCUUUUAGACCAAAUACAUUUUUAAUUAAAUACAACAUUGAUUUUAUACUAAAACGAACUGAACUCCUUCGUUGAGACCAUAGAAGCGACAAAAGUGUUGUUUUAAAUGAGAGAAUGUUUUAGACUUAAAUACAUUCGACGUCUUACCUAACUUCAUUCAUUUACGCAGGAUUUUCACGCAGGUUGUUCUUGACAGAGAACUUUUGAGUGUGAUGUCUGACAACUGUUGUAUGAUUGGUCAGAAUCACCGGGGGCGUGGUUAACUUUGUUAAGACGUUACCUGUAUUUACCCCGGUAUCUCCUUGGUUUUCACGAAUUGUAACAACGAAUUUCUAUCCUACGCCGCUACGGUUGACAGUUAUUUCUCUUCCUCUCCUUCUUCCGUCAACUAUAAAACAACUGUUUCAACGUUAGCCGCGCAGUCGCCGUGUUGUUUCCGUCAAAUUUCCACAAAGCGGCCACAAAUUGUGACGUUUGUGGCCUUCACCGUAGGGGAAGCCAUUUUAAAAUAGUUCAAGCGUUUACUUUUUGAAAUACCGUACUGCGUACUGGACAAUUACGUAAAAUACGUAAGACUCUUAAAAUGCUAACUACAAAAAUGUCGACAAAGUCUUUAGUAAUUAAUGGUCCACGCGUUGAAAGACUUAAAAUCAGAAUCAGAGUAAAUAAAAUCAGGUCUUCGGUCUGUGUGUGUGCACGUACGUGGGCGCGCAGACGUCGCGACACAGACAAUGUUUGCUGUACUGCAGCGUCAGCAUUAACGACAGUUCGUUGCUGUGACUUUAUCAGGGAAAAGAGCGACGGUAGGAAAAAGAAAAGUUCCGUGUGUUGCAGCAGAACAUCUGCAGACACCUGUCACUGCAGAGAGGGCGAAAAAAAAAACACCAGCGGAUUUGAACACUUUUACAUCUACGAGCUUGACGUCACUGUCAACCUGAAAAUGUUCUGACGCCGGAUGGUCGCGCAUUUCGAUCAGUGUACAGUGAAAUACAGUGUGAACACGUGUCGAGAAAAUAAUGAAAUAAAUGUAGGCGUUCGACUGAGGCGGAAAAACGGACACGUGACUUACAUACGUCACCAAGAACGAACUGAUUGUCAUUAAAUACAGCUCCGUCGUGGAGUGGUAUAAUUUUCUAAGGCAAAGUGAUGCCUCUCUCCUCCCCCUCCUCCUCCUCCCAACUGCCUCCCUCUCUCUCUCUCCCCCUCUCUCUCUUUACUGUACUACGCUCCCUCUCCCCUGCCGGAGAAGGAGUACCGGGUACCGGGGUCCAGCAGGGCCAGCACACGCUGCUGCUGCUGCUGCCACUGCCACCGCUGCUGCCGGACCAGGACUUUUUAAUUUUUAGUAUUAUAUUUUUUUAUACAUUUUACCUUUACAAAUCAGCAGCCAAAGAUGCAGGGAAAGUGGAUGAUGCUUUUCUUCCUGCACAUGUGCAGCAGCAGCCUCCCCCUGCUGUGGAUCUGUGUCGGCUGGAAUGUGGAGGAGGUGACGGGAUCCCAGCAAGGAAUCCCCCUGUCAGUUGUGAAGCUCUGGGCCUCGGCAUUUGGUGGAGAAAUUAAAUCCAUUUCUGCCAAAUACUCUGGAUCUCCGCUACUGCAGAAGGAGCUGUGGGCCAUCACCGCACCACGUCCAGGGACCAACUCCAGCUCUGAGGCCAGCACCUCCGGCAAGGGCAGCGGCAGACUGAGUCCUAAAACCUCUGCCGCCUGCCUGGGAGGGUGGGACGAAGGAGGAACAGCCAGAGGAAAUGCCCGUAAAUAUGGCGAGAGCAUCCAGACUGCGAUCAAACGACGACUGCAGAAUCCAAACCUGGGUCCUUCUUGUAAUGAGAAAUACAAAGAACUGGAAAAAUCUGUCAGAGUGGAGGAAAUCGAUGGAGUCAAACUGGUUAAAAAUCUGGCAAUAAAGAUGGAGGAGAUGUUCCGGAAAAAAGCAGAAGCCACCAGGCGGCUGGUGGAGGCAGCAGAGGAGGCGCAUCAUCAACACGAGGAGAAUCCAGACCUGCAGUACGAGUAUUUCAACGCCGUGUUGAUCAACGAAGUGGACGAGGAGGGCAACAACGUGGAGCUGGGCGGAGAGUUCAUCCUGGAGCCCAACGACCAUUUCAAUAAUCUGUCCGUCAACCUGAGCCUCAGCGUGGUGCAGGUGCCGACCAACAUGUACAACAAAGAUCCUGACAUAGUGAAUGGAGUUUACUGGUCUGAGGCCUUGAAUAAAGUGUUUGUGGACAAUUUUAAACGAGACCCCACACUCAUCUGGCAGUACUUUGGCAGCGCCAAGGGGUUCUUCAGGCAGUACCCCGGAGUGAAGUGGCAUCCAGAUGAACAUGGCGUCAUUGGCUUUGACUGCAGAAACAGGAAGUGGUACAUCCAGGCGGCCACGUCUCCAAAGGACGUCGUCAUUUUAGUGGACGUCAGUGGGAGCAUGAAGGGCCUGAGGCUGACCAUAGCCCGGCAGACGGUCUCCUCCAUACUGGACACGCUGGGAGAUGACGACUUCUUCAACAUCAUCGCAUACAAUCAGGAGAUUCACUACGUGGAGCCCUGUCUGAACGGAACCCUGGUCCGAGCCGACAGAACCAAUAAAGACCACUUCCGUGAACAUCUGGACAAGCUGUUUGCCAAAGGGAUCGGACUGUUGGGUGACGCUCUGACCGAGGCCUUCACCAUCCUGAACAACUUCAAUCAGACGGGUCACGGCAGCAUCUGCAGCCAGGCCAUAAUGCUGGUGACCGACGGCGCCACGGAAAUGUACGAUGACGUGUUCGAGAGGUACAACUGGCCAGAAAGAAAGGUAAGGUUUCAUCUGUGCUUCAGACCUGGUGGAGUUCUGACCCGCGACUCGGUAACUCCUCAACUGAUUGGACAAAAACCUUCUGGUAAAGACGUUGUGAUAACAACUGUGUGUGUUUUUUUUUUCACUGCAGGAUAUUUCAGCCAGAUCUCCACUUUGGCAGAUGUUCAGGAGAACGUGAUGAGGUAUCUCCACGUCAUGAGCCGUCCGAAGGUUAUCGACCACGAGCACGACACGGUGUGGACCGAGGCGUACGUGGACAGUGCUCUGUCGCAGGCUCACAAAUUGAAGGACAAAGCUGGCCCGAGUCUGACGACGACGGUCGCCAUGCCUGUGUUCAGCACAAAGAACGAAACGAAGAACCAGGGCAUUCUGCUGGGGGUGGUGGGAACAGACAUCCCUCUGCAUGAGCUGACGAAGCUCAUCCCCAAACAUAUGUUAGGGAUCCACGGUUACGCCUUCGCCAUCACCAACAACGGCUACAUACUGCUGCACCCCGACCUCCGACCUCUGUAUCAGGAGGGUCAGAAGAGACGGAAGCCCAACUACAGCAGCGUGGAUCUGUCGGAGGUGGAGUGGGAGGACAAAGAUGACAUCCUCCGUAACGCCAUGGUGAACAGGAGGACGGGGACAUUUUCCAUGGAGGUGAAGAAGACGGUGGACAGAGGGAGGCGGGUCCUGAUAAUGCACAACGACUAUUACUACACCGACAUCAAAGGAACUCCGUUCAGUGUUGGAGUGGCUCUUUCCAGAGGUCAUGGGAAAUACUUCUUCAGAGGAAACGUAUCCGUUGAAGCAGGGCUUCGUGAUCUGGAACAGCCAGAUGUCGCCCUCGCAGAUGAAUGGACGUACUGCAACACGGAGGAGCAGCACGAGCAUCGGCACCUGACCCAGAUCCAGGCCAUCAAGCUGUUCAUGACCGGACGCAGACCUCACCUGAAGUGUGACAGAGAGCUGAUCCAGGAGGUUUUAUUUGACGCCGUGGUGACUGCUCCACUGGAGGCCUACUGGACUGGACUGGCCCUCAACAAGUCAGAAAACUCAGACAAAGGAGUGGAGAUCGCCUUCCUGGGAACACGCACCGGUCUGUCCAGAACCAACCUGUUCGUCCCUGCUGAUCACCUGUCCAACAAAGACUUCCUGACAGCAGAAGACAAGGAGGGUGUGUUCAAUGCUGACCACUUCCCCCUGUGGUACAAGAGAGCGGCCGAGCAGGUUCCUGGUACUUUUAUCUACUCCAUCCCCUUCAGCACAGCUUUAGAAAAUAAGAGCGUGGUUUUGGCCAGUACAGCCAUUCAACUCCUGGAUGACAGGAAGUCUCCAAUUGUUGCAGCUGUCGGGAUCCAGAUGAAGCUGGAGUUCUUCCAGAGGAAGUUCUGGACGGCGUGCAGACAGUGCACGGCUCUGGACGGGAAAUGUAUCAUCAGCUGUGAUAAUGACGACAUCAACUGUUACCUCAUUGACAACAACGGAUUCAUUCUGGUCUCAGAGGAACAUUCACAGACGGGGCUUUUCUUCGGAGAGGUGGAGGGGGCAGUGAUGAGCAAACUACUGCAGAUGGGCUCCUUCAGAAGGAUCACACUGUAUGACUACCAGGCUCUGUGCAGGGAGUACGCUGGGACCAGUGACAGCGCACGCACUUUGUCAGAUCCGUUCUCUGUGGUGAAGUGGCUCCUCACUGAACUGGUCAUUUUCCUGUUGGAGUUCAACCUCUACAGUUGGUGGAACAUUGACCUCACAGUCAAAGCUCAGAGACCCCGGGGUAAAACCAUGAUGGUUCCCUGUGACACAGAAUACCCCGCAUUUGUCUCUGAACGCACCAUCAAAGAAACAACCGGCAGCAUCGACUGUGACGGCUGCAGCAGGUCCUUCGUCAUCCAGCAGAUUCCCAGCAGUAACCUCUUCAUGGUUGUGGUGGACAGUAAGUGCGACUGCAGCAGUGCUCCACCAGUCACCAUGGAUCCCAUUGAGAUCAUGUACAACGAGUCCCUGAAAUGUGACAGACUGAAAUUUCAGAAGGACAGAAAGAAACCCGAGUCAUGUCACCCGUUUCACCCUGAGGAAAAUGCCAUGGAGUGUGGUUCAGGAACACGCCUGACUGUGAGCAGUCCUCUGACAGCACUGCUGCUCCCCCUGUUGGCAGCUGCCAUCUGCAGGUGACCGUAAGCCUCUGGACUGGACGUCAGUUAAGGACUUACCUAAAUAUAUAAUAUGCUUAAAAACACUUAGAGAACUUGUCCAAUCAGAAAUGAAUUUGCUAAAACUGUAGCUCUGCAAACGACAGCGCUUUUACCGAGCGACAAAACUCAGUAGCAGUGAGACUCUCAUCCAUUAAUGCAGUAAAAACCCUGAAUGAUGUGCUGCAGCCAGACAGAGUCGAUGUUGAACAUAGUUCUACAGAGAAGUCCUGGAAGGAUGUGACUAUUACUUCAUGUAAUGUUUCUGUGUUGCAAGAAGAAGAAGAAGAAAAAAAAAGUUUGUUGUAAAAGAAUGUUAAAUGCACUUUUGUCGUGUGAAGAGAUGGCAGAUUUCUGGCAUUUUAAUUGCUUAUUUAAAAAACA